AUGGAAUCUUUGGCAACAACCAUUCGUUUCGUCACGCUGAACUGCCGAACACUACCGAGUGAACUCCAACAAGCCGCUCUAUCCAGACUUCUGCGAUAUCUCUGUGUGCCUUUUGCUGCACUGCAGGAAACACGCAUGAGAGAUCGGCCCGUCAUCAGCAUCGAAAAUUACACCAUAUACUGCGGCGAUGCUGAUGAGAACAAAGUAGGUGGCUGCGCGAUGGCUGUGAGGAACGAUUACAAGAACCUGGUGGAGGAAUUUGGCUCAACGUCGUCUAGAUGA